UUUGCCGGGAAUGCUGGACCACGUGUCUCCUACCGGCUUGCAGCGUGUUCCUCCUCUGAUUCACUAGUUUUUCAUUCUGAAGCGAAGCGAGGCUCCGGCAGGGAGUGGGCAUGCAAGAUGGCGGCGCGGUGGGGAGCAGGCGAGGAGACUUUAACAGCGUGCAAUUUGGAUUUUUUCCCCCUGGAAACACUAGGCGAGGGUGCUGUGCUCAACUCUGGGGAAGUUCUCCAAGGCCUAGACCCCUCCAUCCUAUCCAUAUUCGAGGACAUGCCAACAUUAGAGAAUGAAGAGAGCGAUGCCACACUGCUGACAGCUUUGACAGAGAUACUUGACAAUGUAGGUGAUGAUAACCUGUCGCCGUUUGACAUGCUGCCUGACUCAGACCUGCUGUCUAAGGGCAGGGAACACUCUCCGCUCAGGAGAAUGCUCUGCCUGUCUCGUUCACCUCAGAAAGACUCACUAUAUAGUACCAGACCGUUAUCAACUGGAAAGAACCUGUCCAGGAUGCAAGGGGACUCUGUCCAGCGAAGUGAUGGCGAGGAAGAGGAGGACAGCUCAAUCACUCAGAGCCCAGACAGGCUUGAGUCGUCUCCUGGCUGGGAAGGUCUGCAAUUGCCCCUCCCUAUCAUGUUGGAGCACAAAGGUGAAGAUGGCCUUUCAGUUUGCCUUGGAGAUUUGGUCAGGCACAUGCACCCAUACUGUAUGGCCAUAUCUGUGGAGAACGAAGAGGGGGAGCAGAUGUUGCCUGAAGGGGGCAUAGUGCUCGAGAUUGUGGACCAGGGGGAAAACGGAGAACCUAUCCUUGCCAUCCCGAAUAUGGAUCUCUCUUAUCCUCUUCAUCAGCCGCCCUCAAAAAAUGAGGAAAAAGAAGGAGCAGAAGACGAGCUAGCUGACAGUUCAGAACAUAUAGUAGUCGACGAUGAAGAUGAUUGUCCCAUCACAAAAAAUAGUGAAAUUCCUGCUGCUGUUAAACCAGUUGCACAUUUAGAUGCAAAAGAAAAAGUUGUUGUUCUGAGUAAAAAGAAUAGAAAAACAACAAGACCUUCAAGAAGAAAAAAGAAAUCCAAUGAGAAGCAGCAGCCUGAGCCUGUAGAAGGAAGGGUCCUCAGGGGUGGUACUGUAAGAAGAGUGGCAACGGAUUCCCACAAAAAGCAUAUGAAAGGGUCUGUUAAAGAAAAGGUGAAUAAGAGCCAAAAGCCUCCUUCUACCUCAGCUCCACCUCGGUCGCUUCUAAAACCUGAAGAAGUAAAACAAUUCAAAACUAAGAAGGAAAACACCACUGCAGCUUGGGUUCCUGAAAGAAAUGAUAAAGUUGUCACACUGCAGUUGCCCAAACAGAGCUCAACCCCUGUUGCCGGUGAGAGUCCGCUCAUAUGUUCAGCCACAGCUGUAAGCUCCCAGCAGCCUAGUAAAACACCAUAUCAGCCAGCCUCAGCCCCAGAGGAAAAGACUGAAAGCUCAUCAACUGCUCACUCUGUUUCCCUCCCAUUAUCUUCAGAGAGCCCUGUAGCUCUAGCAAUUCCCCAGAUUACCCCAGCAGGCAGCAUUACCCCUGCAGCCCCAGAGCCCAAACCCAAGUUGCUCAGUCUUGAAGAGUACAGACGACUCCGGCAGCAGAAAAAGCCGGCUCCGGUGGAAAAACAAGACAAGAGCGUCACCAAGUGGCCCAGCAUUCAAGAGCUCCCCAAAGAGCUUCCCCCUAUACCCCACCUGCCUGACCCCAACCCCAAGGAACCCAGACGUGCCAACCCCCAGGCAGCAAAGAAAGAAGUGGAGGAGGUCAAACCUGCCUGGCAGCCGAGGGGACCGUGUGCACCCCCCACCCCUGAUGCUCUGUUGCAGCCACCAGCCUAUAUGAUUUCUUCAUCCAGUAAAGCUUCAGCUGCUAUUCCUGUUUCUAGGCCCCAGCAAACACAAGAUGCUUCCAGGUUGCUCCAAAAGCCCCCAACUACUCCACCUGAUUCAGCAAAUACUUCAGCCACACACACACAUACCACUGCCAAGCCUGCAGAACCAUGUGUGCCUCCAACGUCUUUAAUGCCUUCAGUCCAAGUCGUGUCUUCAGCAAAUAGAGAAUGUACCCUUCCAGAUUCAGGAAGAAAAGGUGAAGCUGAGUUCAUAAAGCCAAAGUCUGUACAGGACACUAAAGUCUGCCCAAAAACCACUACAAAUAUACACAAACCCACUGCUGCUUCUGGAUCAGUGCCCAGUGUCAAUGUUGUUUCACAGAAGAUGUCUGGGGUCACUGUUUCUACCUCAUUAGGUAACCCGCUCACAUCCAAUAGAAAGUCUCCCAAACCCACAACCACAGAACAAAGUAGCCAACCCUGUGCCGCCAUCUCUUUAGAUUCCCGUAAUCGUACAAACCAUCCUGCUGUGAUUGAAUCUAAAGAGAGAUCUACUACAGCCAUGAAUCCCCAAAGAACAAAGAGUGACACACAGGAGCUGAUUGAAUCAUUCACUAGUGAAAUAGGUAUUGAAGCUGCUGAUCUGACCAGCUUACUAGAGCAAUUUGAGGAGACUCAAGCAAAAGAGGAGAAAUGUGUGCCGGAGGUCUCUGGUAGAGCAGCAGCUGUAGGAAACUCGAGAGCUGCAUUGGUUCCAGCGAGAGCUGUGUUGGACUCGAUGAGACCUAAUGAGCGCUCACCUGCUGCAGCUUUGGCUUCUAAGACAGCUCCUCCCAACCAGAUGUGGAAACCUCUGGUCCCUUUGAUUCUACUGGGAAAGGCGAAUACUUCUGAAGCUUCCAAACCCAGUGCCUCCAAGGUGAUCCAGAUAGAACCCCAGCCUCUGCCCUCCAUCAGGUUCCGUAGUAAAGCCACUCCUGCUGCUGCCUCCGUUUCCCCGGAUCUGGCAUGCAUGGAUCAUGACUAUUGCUUCUCCAAUAAAAGCUUGUCCCCUGAUGAGCCAGGCAAGCGCUGGAAUGUUAAAACGCAAUCUGUCUUCACCAUUAAGCCCCUCAAGCAACACCCUUCAAGCCCAGCUCCAUCUCCCCAGUCUGCUACAAAUUCUGUGAUUUCAUCCAAAACCCAAGAUUGUCCACGAACCGUGCAGGCCGAGAAGAAGACAGAAGAUGAGUCAGAAGGAUGGUCCGUUAAGGAGAUGCCUGAUGCUUCUCCAUCCCAGCAGGAAUGUGUCACAAGCCCCAGAAGAGGCCCAUCAGGGAGGUCCUACCGUCGAUACACUGCUUCUCGGACACCUAGUCCCCUAUGUAGUCCCAAAGAAAGAACUCGUGGGCGAUCAAGAAAAAGAUUUUACUGCUCUCCCAGCCCAACUUCAAGCUGCUCAGACAGCUAUUCCUCUAGAUCUCGGUCUAGGUCCAACUCUCCAGCAAAGAAAAGGUAUCGACACCGCAACUCAGACAGUAGUCUAAGCUCUUCAUCCCGAUCCUCUUCUCGCUCGUCUCCUUCUUUGUCCCUCUCGCCUCCAAGGAGGAGGAGGUACUCCUAUUCCUCUUCUCGCUCUGGGUCCUGGAGCCGUUCUAGGUCGCGGUCUCUCUCCCCUGAAAGACAAGCUCAGUGGAGUAGAAGCAGGGCGUUGCACAGUCCCUCAUACAGGCCUAGAUAUUGUCAUGGCACAAAAAUAGAUGUGGAAGAGACAAAGAGGCACAAGGAGAAAGCCAUUGAGGAGAGGCGGGUUGUUUAUGUUGGCAAGAUUCGAGGAAGCAUGACCCAAAGAGAGCUCAGGGAUCGCUUCUCGUUAUUUGGUGAAAUUGAGGAAUGUACCCUGCACUUUAGAGAACAUGGGGAUAAUUAUGGGUUUGUGACUUACUACAACACCAAUGAUGCGUUUACAGCCAUUGAAAAUGGCAGUAAGCUGCGCAAACCUGAUGAGCUUCCUUUUGAUCUCUGUUUUGGUGGAAGGAGACAGUUCUGUCAGUCCAGCUAUGCUGACUUGGAUUCAAGUAGAGAGUAUGACCCAUUGUCUACAAAAGGCAAUUAUCAUGCACUAGACUUCGACACUUUACUGAAGCAGGCUCAGCAGAAUCUGAAGAGGUAACAGAAGGUCUGCACCAGGAAGCCGCUGACAUAUACCUCAGUCGACUGGUGUCUCUGCACCUGCAACAAUGUUUUUACAGUUUGGUUGCUGCAUCAUGAGUAUUUUUGCUUUGUUUCACCAAGCUAACACCUAUUGAAGUGAGAAUUUAUAAUGAAACUUUAAAAGAAGUAAAAAAAAUAAAUAAAUUGAUUUCUUAAGUUUAUUUAAAUGUAUUAUUACAUUUUAAUUGUAUGCAGGGAAUAAUUUUAAAAGUAAAAUAGGAGUUGAACAUCCUUAUUUUUGGGAGAGCAUGUAAUGUAUUUAAAUGUACUACAAGCUUAAAAUAAAAAAUUAAAACAAG